UUGAGACCGACAAUAUGAGCAAGUUCACAUAGGCAAAGUUCUGCACCUAGCUAUCCAUGAUCAUGUAAAAUACAAGUCACUAGUACAGGACAGCUUAUGCUUCCUUAAACAUUUUGUUUUAAGCUAUCAGUUCCAUUUUUCUUUAGCUUUGGAGGCAAUAUUUAAAAAUUUCAAUGCUUCAAACAUCAAUAUACUCUUCUAUAAAGACAAAGCAACCUAUUCCUUGACAAGAAAUGACUUCUAUUCAUAACCUUCUUCAUUACCAUCACCCUUUCUCUCCUUCAAUCUUGCACAAAAAAUGGAAGACAAGAACAUUUAUGCGGCCGAUUGCAUAGUCAUAUGUUGCUGCUGCCAAUGCUUGAUCCUCCAAAUCAUCAUCUUGUUCUUGCUUAACCUUCCAUGCAAGUUGUUAAAGAAAACAAAAGAAUGUAUAAAGAAACUGAGAUAUCGAAGACGGAACAAGAAAAAUAUUAUGGAGAUGGAGAUCAACAGACAUGAAGAUGAAAUCUUGAAAGAUCAUGGAGGAUCUUUGAGGGUUCAACUUGAGAGUUUGUGUUGUAUGGAAGAAGUUGAAAAGGUUUUAGAGGAGUUUUCUCAAAAGGGUGAAUUUGCUUUUGGAAGCUUUUGGGGUGGGGAUGAAGAGGAUGUGUUACAGACAGAGAGAAUCACAACAUGUAUACAUAAACAAACAGUUGAUUAUGAUGUUUUUCACACUCAUUUGAUACAAGUUUUUGGAUCUUUCAACUUGCAAUGA